AUGGAGAAGGCCAUGGCUAGUUUUUCCUCGUCUGUGGAUGAAUCGCAUUCGGAAGAAGAAUUUCAAUUGUUUAAGACCCAGCUGAACAAGGUUCAAGAUAUGAUCGAAGAAUACAGCAACAAAAUCGUCGACAAGACAUUGUGUUCUGAUGAUCUAGCUAACAUGAAGACAGAAAUGACAUAUUUGACUGAACUUGAGGUGAAAGUGACUUCGGAAAAAAUGAGAGCCAAUUAUGUGACAUACAAAACCAUAUCUUUAAAAAUGGUACAAGAAUCUUAUCGUAUUUGUAACUGGCUUAUGGAAAAGCAAUGCAGUGAAAUGGAUAACAUUUUUGAUAUAGACACAUAUGUUGAUAAAAUUAUUAAAGCAUGUGUUCGUGAAAAAGAUCCUUUGGGCCACAUGGACACUUUAUUCAGAGGUGCCUUCAAAAACAUCCAUUAUUUUAAUCUAAGUUUCUACGGUAACAUUAAAUCAGAAGAGGCUGUUGAAACCCAAGUAUUAACACAAUCAAAGAAAGAAUACAGAAAAUCACAAAAAAGACCGUUAGAAGAACAAGUGGUUCCUGUUGAGGUGGGUAGUGAAACUGGUGACAAUGAAUUACAAAUCACUUUAUUAAGAGUUAAAAACUGUUUGAAGAAAGCUGUGUCAGAUAAUCAAGGAAAUCCAGUACCAUUCCACAAAUUUGCUAUCGAUCCAUUUAGCAUGACAUAUGCAAUAGAAAAUUUAUUUCAUUUGGCUUCAUUGGUGAAAGACGGCGUUGUGAAAGUUGAAACAGUUUCAGAUGAUGAAAAUGAUGAAUUUUCAACAAUAACAUUGGCAAAAAAAAAAAGUACUAAUGACAAAUCUAAAGGAGAUCAAGUCAAAUCAUCUUUAUUCACAAUGAACCAUGAAUUAUGGCAGUAUUAUAUCAAAAAAUAUCAUAUAACUGAAAGAAUGAUCGCACAAGACGAAUAG